AUGCUUCUCAGCCAGAGUGCCCUAGCUGCGCUAUUUCUGAGUACGGCGAACUACUACAACUACUACAACUACUACAACUACUACAACUACUACAACUACUACAACUACUACAACUACUACAACUACUACAACUACUACAACUACUACAACUACUACAACUACUACAACUACUACAACUACUACAACUACUACAACUACUACAACUACUACCGCCGCUUUCUUUUGUUCUUGCUUCAGGCCAUCAUUGACUGGCUGCAACAGUGUACAAAGUCAUACGUACUCAAGGAAAAUGGUCCCAGGAUAAUAGAAGUCCUAAUCCACCUCCAGAUCGCUGUGAAGUGUACCGUAUCCAUCUCCCGCGUCGUCCCCGUCACCACCGAGGCCGGUACCCCCUCUAGCACCGUCUCCCCCUUCUGCUCAGGAACAAAUCUCCCCAUUUUUCAGGAGGCUGCGACGUCGAGAUCGUAUCUGCUGGCGCUUGCCCCAUAUGCAUCUGCUGCAUCUGGCAGGCUGCCUAACUGUGGCGAUUCGAAUACUCCAGCCGUCUGCAGUGGAGUAUGGGAUGGAGGGGGUUGUGCCGGGAAUACCGAGAAACUAGUGCCUAUGUCGCUCAGGGCGUGCUCUGGAACGACUGCGCGAGUAUCCCGCCGGAGGGAUCUGUGCGUUGGGAGGGAAUUGCAGCUGUCCGGGGGAGAAGAUUGGAUAGACAGGGCUGUCGGUUUGAGGAUGGCUGCCUACUCACAGUUCGAAUUAGAAACCAUGCGGUUGAUGCAGCCCGGAUUCACCACAGCCGCUCAACAGCUAUCGUUCGACUCGUUCUCCAUAAAAACAACCUCGACAGUAAUGGAUAUCUGGUAUAACCCAGAACUCGUCCAUCACAUGCAUUCCGCCGACACAGGCUUUCCCCGCAAGAUGCAGCAGUCUAGAUCGUUAAAACAUGCAUUCAUUUGGGUUCUACUUCUUUCGUAUCCCCGGAGAAAACAUAUCGAGCCAUGA